AUGUACGAUAAAAUGCUGUUGUCAAAGAGAUUAUCACUCAGAGAAAAGAGCUCCAAAUUCCUCAAACUUGGUAUUCUUCCAGCACCUGCAGAGACAUCAUAUGAUUUCAUGCACGGAUUACUAUUUACAUGGGUUCAGACCUUUUUACAGGAAGUAAUGGAGCGAAGAUUAAGUAAUACCAGGGAAGGAUUUAAAGCCUUCAAUUUCAUUGCUCUUCAUACCCAACUUCUUCAAGCUUCUUAG